AUUCUCAUUUUCAUUUCCCCUCCAUUUGGAGCCUUUCACUUUUAAGCUGCAAACCCCACUCUCUCUCCUCCAUUGCAGCGUACUUCGAGUCCACCAUUGAAGCGGCUUCAGAGCUUCAUCUACUCGAUCGAAGCAACUUCUGAGCAUUAUCUCCUCCAUUGAAUUAGCUUCUAAGUGGUACGCUGGUAGAGAUACUGGAGCAUAAUGGAUCAGUAUGAAAAAGUUGAGAAGAUAGGGGAAGGAACCUAUGGAGUGGUUUAUAAGGCACGAGACAGGGUUACAAACGAAACUAUAGCUUUGAAGAAAAUCCGGUUGGAACAAGAGGAUGAGGGAGUCCCAAGUACGGCGAUCAGAGAAAUCUCACUCUUGAAGGAGAUGCAGCAUAGCAACAUUGUCAGGUUGCAGGAUGUUGUGCACAGUGAGAAACGCUUGUAUCUGGUUUUUGAGUACUUGGACCUUGAUUUGAAGAAACACAUGGAUUCAUGCCCUGAUUUUGCAAAGGAUCCACGCAUGAUAAAAAGGUUUCUAUAUCAAAUUCUUCGUGGUAUUGCAUAUUGUCACUCUCACAGGGUCCUGCACCGAGAUCUGAAGCCGCAAAAUUUGCUGAUCGAUCGCCAAACUAAUGCGCUAAAGCUUGCAGAUUUUGGAUUGGCAAGGGCCUUUGGUAUUCCUGUGAGGACUUUUACGCAUGAGGUAGUGACAUUGUGGUACAGAGCUCCAGAAAUAUUGCUGGGAUCUCGUCAUUACUCUACUCCUGUGGAUGUGUGGUCUGUGGGUUGUAUCUUUGCUGAGAUGGUGAAUCAGAAGCCAUUAUUUCCUGGAGAUUCUGAGAUUGAUGAACUUUUCAAGAUUUUCAGGACCUUAGGUACACCAACUGAGGAGACAUGGCCUGGAGUGACCUCCCUCCCUGAUUUCAAAUCUUCAUUUCCUAAAUGGAUAUCCAAGGAUCUGUCUGCAAUAGUACCAAAUCUUGAUGCAGCUGGUAUUGAUCUUCUAAAUAAAAUGCUUUGCUUGGAUCCUAGCAAAAGGAUUACAGCUAGGGGUGCUCUUGAACAUGAAUACUUCAAGGACAUUGGUUUUGCACCCUAAUUUGCCGUUUGCCUCCAGGUUAUAUUGUGUGAAUAUUGGAAGUUAAGGAAAAAAGUUCUGUUGAUUUAUUUUAUGCGGGUGAAAUGUGUGCAAUUCUUGUAGAUUUUUGUUUGACUCUAUGCUUACCAUUGUUCUUUGCCAGGACUUCAUGUCGUGUAAUUGAGUAUUCUGCAUUGGGAUUGAGAACUUGUGCAGCCCCAUUGCAAUAUGAAAAUUAUUCCCAUCUUCCAUAUCACUCUUACUUUGCUUGAAUGUAACCAUUAUUCCUCUA